AAUACUUCAAUCUGGAGAUCGGCCAGUCUGCAAAUUGGUGAAAUAAAGAAACGCCUUUAGCCCUAAUAUGCCCCAAUUCACUCGACUGUGGUCAUUAAAAGGAGGUGAACACAGAACAGAUACGACACAUCAGUAUGGUUGUUAAGAUUUGAUCCCUGCCUUAGAGGAAAUCAGACAUGCACCAGGACAGGAAGUCUUGUAGCAAAGUUCCUCAAGUUUUAACUUCCACAAUUAAGAAUUUUUUUUUUUAACAGUUGGCCAAAUACCACACCAGACAAACAUUUAAGUCAGAUGCAUUUCAUCCCAGCAUUAAAUAAAACCAAGUUUUUAAAUGAACAUAGCAUCAACUUUUCAUAAAGCAUAGACGCAAACAAUUUCUGCCCUAAUUAUAUAACAGCGUUACAAUGGCUGCUAGUGCUAAUUGUGAAGACGUUCAAGGUGUAUCUCCCUUUAGAAAAAAACUUUUCCGCAUCACCAAAGGGCUGUCUGAAACAGACGUGAAGGAUAUGAUUUUUCUGGCUGCCAUCCGUAAAAAGGCUGGAGAAAAAAUGGAGACUCCACUAGACGUAUUUAAAUACCUAGAGGAAACAGGACAAAUUUCAGAAAGUAACGUAAGUUGCUUAGACCUCUUAUUAAAAGAUAUAAUGAGAGAGGAUUUGAGAAAGAUCUUGCGUGAGAAAAUGACACCAGGACGGGGUAAAACUCCACCACCUGGGUUUUCACAACAAACUCCACCAUUCGGAGGUUCUGGCUUCAGUGGAGAGGUAAAUCAGUUGACAGAUUUGAAAAGACCACAGCAUUUUACUCGCCCCUCCCCACCUCAAAUCAAUCAAAGUAAAACAGAAAGACAGAUGCAUCAAGCCAAAAGUGCAUCAGAGGAUGCAGCGCUCUCCAGUGGCCAAAGUCCGACAGGAGUAUACAACAUUGAUGGCGGUCAAACCCUGCCAAAGUUCAACCAAAGCACCCCUCGUCGCCUAGACCAGCAAGGCAAUCAAAGUAUCAGACCAAACAUUUUUGCCGAUGUUUCUACACCUCCUACAAGGGGCUCAGUGCCUACUACCCCCUCUUCUGGCCAACGACCCACACGCUCAAUAAGCCUCCUUGAUAUGCCCAUACUAGAGGGAAAGUUGGGGAACAUGUCUUUGAAAGAUCCUUCGCCUUCAAGUGUAAAUGACGAUCUGCAGACAGAUUCUGCCCAGAGAGUUCUUGAAGAUGGCGCCUCAUCCUCUCGAAGCUCAAGCCAACGUUCUGUUUGGGAACUUCCUGUGUAUUCACCUCAGGAAACCCAAGAAAAAAAGACGGAGAUGAAAGCAGCAGAUCAAUCCAUAGAAGAGCUGAUGCUGUCCAUCAACAAUCUGACAGAACAAAAAGAAGUCCGAGAUGCUAGAGCUGCAAGCGGGUCACGUCCAACUUUGAGAGCCUAUCAGAAGGAACUUGCAGAGAGGCCCUUACGAAAGUUUGAGAAUCACAUCAUCUGUGCUCCUACUGGCAGUGGAAAGACUCUCACAGCCGCCUUCAUCUGCUACCAGUACAUGAGACGAUUUCAGACAGCAGUAGACGAGAAGCACUUCAAGGCUCUCUUCAUUGUCCAUAUGCGGCACCUGACUUGGCAGCAGAGGAAUAAUUUCCUUCUCUACUUCCCGAAUAAGCAGGAUGUGCGGGUAAUUGGUGAGCAGCAGACUUUCAAAGAUGCUCUUAAGUUUGACGAGGAGAUGCCAGCAGUCCUGAUGUUGACUGCGCAGAUUUUUGUCAAUGCGCUGAAGUCAAAAUCUAUCAAGAUAAACGAUCUUGACAUGCUUAUUUUUGACGAGUGUCACCACACCGAUCAAAAGCACCCUUUCAACGAGAUCAUGAAGACUUAUCUGAAAGAGAAGUACAAGCAGCCUCGGCACCAAGUGGGGGUUUCUGGUAGGGCUCUCCCUUUUAUUAUUGGUCUAAGUGCUUCUCUGGGCGUGGGCCAUGAGUUGACAGCUCUUGGACAUCUCCAGACUCUCUGUGGGAACAUGGAUUCCAAAGGAGUGGUGAGAGUUCUUGAAAACGUAGAGGAACUGAAAAGACAUGUCAAUAGUCCAGAUGAGGACACCAUCAAACAGGCGCUACCAAGAGAUGCCCACGAUCGGGAGUUUGGUGACCUCCUGGAGGUGAUCAUGUUGGAGAUUGAGGGUCAGCUUCCAGAAAUAGUUGAGCAUCCAUUGCCUUCACAUGGUACAAAGCUUUAUGAGACUGAGGUCAAGAGACGCCUCAUAGAAGCGGAGUCCCAGAGAUCGGCCAAUCGCACGGAUAUCAUUGUCUACAUGUACUUAUACGAGUACAAUCGUGCCAUGAUUCUCUAUGAUGAUCUAAGGGUCAAGGAUGGAGUUCGACACUUGGAGGAGUUUCAUGUCAGUCGAUAUGUUCACGAUCAUCCAGACCAGGUACCAGUUGAGGAACACUGCCGGCGCCUCUUCAACUCGCUACUUCCUCGAAUGAAGGAACUGGAGAAGGACGAAGGGCAGCAUAGCAACCACAAGCUUGGGGAACUUGCUCAUGUUCUACAUGAGAUCUUCUCGGAUAAACCUGAAUCUAAAGGAAUUAUUCUCGCAACCAUGAAAGUAGCUGCCACCGCUCUGGUUGAGUUUCUGAGGUCUUCAAAUCUCCUGAAGUCCUUACCAUGCAGGAUCGAACCACUCAGGCUGGUUGGGCAGGGCAGCCUAGAAGAUGACUGCCUGACAGAGGCUCAACAGAAGGAGGUUCUGAACAGUUUCAGAAGAGAUGAUGGCUGUAACAUCUUAGUGGCUACAGAUAUCGCUCAGGAAGGCCUUGACAUGCCAGCCUGUAGCUUUGUCAUCAGGUAUAACUUCGUCAGUAAUGAGAUCGGCACGGUCCAGUCGAAGGGACGAGCACGUGCAAGUGGGAGCCAGUGCUUCCUCAUCGUGGAAAGAAAUUCCCAAAAUGAAAAGAGAGAGUAUGAGAAUCGCUCAAAGGUGGUCAGAAUGGAGAAAGCAAUGGAGGAGCUGGAAGCCAUGGUGGAAGAGGAUCGGCUUGUCAAGAUCCAGGAAAAACAGGACGCACGAAUAAAAGCAAUAAUCAAAGCUGAGGAGCAGGAAAAGCUCCAAGGCAGUAUGCACGAUCUUGAGAAGAUCGACAUUCAUUGUAAAGAAUGCUCCGCCUACAUUUGCAAAGCGUCAGAGCUGCGACGGAAAGGAACUGCUGGUCAUGUGACUUGCAUCAGUCCGGACUUUGGUAGCAAGAUUACAGAGAUACAGUAUAGCAGACCACAGCGAUAUCGAGACACAGAAACAACUGGUCUCAUCAAAUGUGCCACUUACACCUGCAAGAAAAAUCUUGGAACAAUGCAGAAGUUCCUGUUGCUAGACCCCCCUCUCGGAUACGCACUGAAAGCAGACAGCUUCAAGAUUGUCUUCUCUCGCGAAGGAACUGCAAAGGUUCCGAAGCAGUGGAAGAAAGCUGGCUUUGUACUUCUGCAGGACGAAGAUGAGUUCUAAAACCAGAUUUGUGACUGGUACCUCCUGGGCCCAAUUUCAUAGAGCUGCUUAAAGGACUUGGGUACUCUUUGAAGAAUGUC